AGUCACCGGGUGGUGGAUCUUGGAACGGGCUGCGCUGUGGAAGGAAGGUACCACACCAACAUUCUUCCCUCCACAGGUCAGUAUUAUGCCCCAAUUUACGUUUAGCCUGGAGAACCCCUUUAAGAUAAAGAGCUGUCAUAGCCAUUGACACCGUGGUGGCCGCUAGAAAGGUGGCGACGUAGAAUUAUCGUAAGAUCUGGUAGAGGAUGCAUUACAUAUCUUUACUGUUUUGGACGUUUUACAAGAAGGGUUCGCUAAAGGUCUUGCACUUAUAAACCUGCACAGAGGGUUCAAGUAUGCGCGUUUUUUUUUUUUUUUUUUUUGUAUAAUAAAGUUUUUGAAAGUAACAGAGAGACUAAGCCCCAGAGUUAGAACAUCUGUUCAGCGUGGAAUCUUAAUUUAGUUUCAUCAGGAUUAAUCUAAUCGGGGUAAAACCAGUUUUUUUGGGUUGCGAUCACUUCAGCAAGAUGGGGGUUAAUGAAAUUAAAGCAUUUUUAGUUGGAGCCUUUUUUUUUGACUAUUAGGGAUGAUAGAAUUAUUUUCCAAACUACCGGUUCUUUUCCUGCUGAAGUAGUGACGGACGCGCUGACCGGUGGCGCUCAGGAGCUGCGGACUCUGCUCAGUCCUGGAGGAGGCCUAAUAGUCUCUACAGCGAAUGGAUAUUUGCUAUGAGUUUGAGACUGUCAGGUCCAGAGGACACUGAGAAGAAGGAGGGGGGCCCUUUUUAAAGAGGUGACUUUAUUGGUCCUGGGGACCCCCUGUGACAGAGGAUCGGGGAUCAGCGACUACGUACUUCUACAGCUUCUGGUUUGAACAUGGCGAAGAGAGUAAGCAUCAUGGAUAGCCACGGGGUGACUGUGAAUAAGAAGCCCUCGCCUUCCCGGGUGCGAGUAGCGGUGCGCCUCCGGCCGUACAUGGAGAAGGGGGAAGAUAAGGUCUGUGUCCGGGGCCUGGACUCGCAGUCGCUGGAGAUUGUAAACUGGAGAAACCAGCUGGAAACCAUGCAGUACCAGUUUGAUGCCUUUUAUGGGGACAAGGCCACCCAGCGUGAGAUCUACACCGGCUCUGUGUAUCCAAUUCUUCCUCACUUAUUAGUUGGGCAGAAUGCCAGUGUGUUUGCCUAUGGACCAACAGGAGCGGGUAAGACCCACACAAUGCUGGGGAGCCCAAACCAACCGGGUGUCAUACCACGAGCUGUGAGAGACCUGCUGCACAUGACUCGGGGGAUAAAUUAUAAACCUGUGGAGGAGAACUGGAGCUACUCCAUCACGAUGUCCUAUGUGGAGAUCUAUCAGGAGAAGGUGAUGGAUCUUCUGGAGCCCAAGAACAAGGACCUUCCAAUCCGAGAAGACAAAGACCACAAUAUCCUCAUCCCGGGGGUAACUCAGAAGACCAUCAACACCUUCUCAGACUUCGAUGAACAUUUCAUUCCUGCAAGCCAGAACCGCACAGUGGCCUGCACCAAACUGAACGACCGCUCCAGCCGUAGCCACGCUGUGCUGCUCAUCAAGGUGCAGAAAAAUCAGCAGGUCCCUCCUUUCAGGCAGCUGACCGGAAAGAUGUAUCUGAUAGACUUGGCAGGUUCAGAAGACAACCGCCGUACUGGAAAUCAAGGUAUCCGCUUGAAGGAGAGCGGCGCCAUCAACUCGUCUCUGUUUACUCUCAGCAAGGUGGUGGACGCUCUCAAUCAAGGGCUCCCCAGAAUCCCUUACCGAGACAGCAAGCUGACCCGUCUCCUGCAGGAUUCACUCGGUGGCUCUGCCCACAGCGUUAUGAUCACAAAUAUCGCUCCAGAACAGAAUUAUUACUUUGACACUCUCACUGCCCUCAACUUUGCUGCCAAGUCUAAGCAGAUCAUCAACAGACCAUUCAGCCAGGAAACCACACAGGCACCAGUCCAGCCUGCCAUGAAGAGACCUCGGGAUGAUUUGGAGAACUCUGCCCCAUCUCAACACUCUAAAAAAACCAAGACUGAUUCCACAGAGGAGUCUCCUAAUAUGUCCAAAGACACAAAGAAGAAGAACCUCCGGCUUUCCUCCUUAGACCCAGCCCUGGUGGAAAGGCUGCUCAAAUUGGAUAAAAUCCUAACAGAAAAGGGAAAAAUGGAGAUGCAGCUACUGAACACACCCAAACGAGAGCGCAUGGUGCUUCUGAAGAAGUUGGAGGAGAGUCAGUUAGAGAUUGAGAGGUUGAGGGUGAAGCAGAAGGAGCUGGAGGAGAAGUCUCUCGCAGCUGAGGCUCUUUUUGAGAAAUCUAACAACUCGAACUUCGAGUUGUCCGAUUCCAGCGUGAGCGAGAGCAUUUUCCGGGAGCCUCUGAGGACUCGCGCCACAUCCACUGCCAAGACCAAGAAAGUGCUCCGUGUCCUGCCACUGCAGGGUGAGAAACUUGGAGCCUUCACAGCUGAGGGACAGCUCUCUGGCACAGGCCUGGGUAAGGUUCUCAAUCAAAACACCAAAGAAGAGGGGAUCAUAGUAGCUGAGAAGAAAACGCGGAAAACCCACGCAGGCUGCGAGAACGUGCCUGGCUGGGAGUUGAAUGUGCGGACAGAUCUGCUCCAGAAUGGCCGAGAGAAGAUCCUGAAUCUGCUGAAUAAAGGCUCGAUAAAAGAGCUCAAGUCCUUGCAGAAGAUUGGGGACAAGAAGGCCAAGCUCAUUGUGGGUUGGAGGGAGUUCAACGGCCCAUUCAAAAACGUGGAGGACCUGGCCUCUAUGGAAGGGAUGUCUGCCAAAUUAGUCGCCUCAUUUUUAAAGGCCAACAUCCUGAGCAUAGUAGCAAGCUGAAGACCCCCCAGGACCCUUCACUUCUCCCUGAGAAGCCUUCACCUCAUGGAUUCUAUGAAACCUCUUAAUCGCCUGCCUCGUGUACAUUCCUAUAGUCUCCACCAACCCCCUGGUACAUGAGGCUAGUGGGGGGUCUGGCAUCCUCCUUGUGUUCCACCUCUCAUUGUGACUCUUUACCCUCCUCAGUGUGAGGUCGGAGAUGGCAGGAGCGUUGUCUUAUUUUAGGAUUAUUUUUAUUAUCAUUUUUUAAUAAUGUAUUUGGUUGAAUCUGUGCAGUGAGCCGCCCCCCACCCCACACAGGCAUCGUACAGAUGUGUCUAUAGGAUCUCCAUA